CAUCAGCGCUCUGAAGUGAGGAGGGUGGUUUUCAUGUUAGACUUUCUGUUUGCAGCAGAACCGUUACAGCUCUGAGCUGCCUCAGUUUGAGAACCUUCACUGUAAUUCAGGACAGACCACCAGCUCCAUCUUCACCUGGAAACAACAAACACUCAGACUUCAGCCAGUUUCUCCCACCAUGAGUGUGUCUCAGACAUUGGAGACGGAGGAGGAUUUUCUGACUUGCCUCCGCAUCAAGUUCUACCAUCCGCAGCAGAACUGUAAAGGUCUCUAUGAUCUCCUUCCUCUGGGAAGCAGGAGAACGCACUCUGCUGACGACCUUCUCCGGCUGGGUCGGGAUGCCCAGACCUGUUCUUAUGGUCUGGUGGACCCUCGAGUUUCCCGCAAGCAGCUGGCUAUCUACGCCUACCGCUCCCCCAACAGUCCUGAAAUGCUUUUCACCAUCCAGAACCAGAGCCAGAGGGGAAAACUGUCAGUGAACGGCUCAGCUCUGGGAUACCUGGAGAGGACAGACCUUUCGGACAAAGCCCUUAUCAGGUUCCUGGAGUACGAGAUGCUGAUAAUCCGGGAAUCAGGAGAGGCCAAGAGCAGCUUUGAGGUGGAGUUUGAGGUGAUGCCGGUUCCCCCCUCCAGAGAGACGUGCACGUUUGAGACUGGAGUCAGACCUAUCAUGGACACAGGCUUGAUGAACAACUCCCCAGCUAUGCUCAGAGACAUCGGCCCGCAGGAGUCGGAUGAGACUCUGUCUUGCUCAUAUUAAAUCGCAACACCUUCAGAAUUCACCUGACCACAGUGUUCACCUGCUAGAUCAAAACUUCAGUCAAUCUGACAAAAAACAUAAAAAAAGUGACAAUAUGUAGAUAUUCUGUUUUUACUAUGAAUUCUGUCAUUUAUAUUUUUAUUCUUAUAUAAGUUCAGUCUACACUUAUUAAAAUGUUGUCUUUUAACACCUGAAUCGUAACUGCAUUAACUGGUUUUGCAAACGAAACUAGCAGAUCAUUAUCACUCCAUGUUCAAGAGAUGUUGCUCCACAAGAUACAACGUAAGAAAUGCUGAAAGUAAUGUGUUUUAUGUGUUUUUUUUAACCAAAUCAAUGAUUAAAAUGUGUCAUUACUGCUGAAA